AUGUUUGAAUUAAAUGAUCUUUUCGAUACAUUUCUCUUUCGUACAACAACAUUAACUGGUUUUUUAUUUUAUUGGUUACCAAUAAUAUGUAUUUUUUCACCAACAUAUUUAAGUCCAUUUGCAUUUGUUGAUUCAACUCAAGAAUUUAAAGCAUAUAGAAUGGUUCAAUAUGAUUUAUAUGGUCAAGCAUAUGGUAGUCGACAAGCAUUUAUUUCAAGUGAAGUUCGUUUAUGGUCACAUACAAAUCUUAAUCGAAAAGCUGCAUUAAUACGUUUAGAAAAAUUAACAAUUGAACGUUUUCGUUCACUUAUUUCAAAAGGUAUUAAUAGUUUAUUUAUUGUUAUACCAUCAACAAAUACACCAUGGACAAAUGAACAAAAAUCAGAUAUAUGUGAUUUAGAAGCAAUUUUACUUAGUGAAAGUGUUCCAAUACCUGUUUAUUUUCUUCGAGAAACACAACAAAUGAAUGAUUUAUAUAAAUCAAUUGAAUCACGACGUGAUUCAACUAAAGAUUCAGCAUUAGCAGUUAUUUAUGAUAUGAUUACAGCUGAUGGUUAUCAAUUAUCAGUUAAUACUGGUAAAUAUGGUCAAAGAACGGAUAGUGUUUUAUAUAAUAUAGCAGGAAAAUUAAUUGGUCAUGGUAUUGAAGAACGUUUACCAAAAAUUCUUCUUGUUGCUCAUUAUGAUGCACUUGGUUUAGCAAAUGGUUUAAUACAAGGUGCUGAUUCUAAUGCAAGUGGUAUUUUAAUUUUAUUAAAAUUAAUUCGUUUAUUUUCAAAAUUAUAUGCUAAACAAACAACACGAGCUAAAUAUAAUUUAUAUUUUUUAUUUGCUGCUGGUGGAAAAUUAAAUUAUCAAGGAAGUAAAAAAUGGAUUGAUGAUUAUCAUGAUCAAAAACAUCAACAACAACUUCCAAAUGAUAUUGAUGUUGUUGUUUGUCUUGAUUCAUUGGGUCAAUCAAAUCAACUUUAUAUGCAUGUUUCAAAACCACCAAAAGAAACACAAGCUGCUGGUAUUUUACGUGAACUUCUUACAGAAUUAAGUGAAAAAUCGACUUAUGGUCCAUUAAAUUUCGAACAAAUCCAUAAGAAAAUUUUAAAAACAAGUGAUUUUGUUUCAUGGGAACAUGAAAAAUAUUCUUGGUCAAAAUUAUCUGGAUUUACUUUAUCACAUUUAAAUUCAUCAAAAUCAUGUUCACAUUCAUCUAUAAGUGAUGUACGUAAUGACGUUGAAUUAACAUCAAUUGAACGUAAUUAUCAAUAUAUAAGUGAUGCAUUAAUACGUUUAAUAUUUAAUAAAACAGAUAUUAAUUUAUCAAUUAUUGAUCAAAAUUAUUUAUUAUCUAAUCAACAAUCUGAUUAUGAUCAAAUAACAUUUACAAAACAAUGGUUAACAUUUUUAACGAAUUAUUCACGAUCACCAUCAUUAUUAACUAAAACUCAUCCUAUUGUUGUUGCACUUGAACAAUAUGCUAAUCGAUAUUUAACAAAUGUUGUUAAAACAACAAUACGUCCUAAUAAAAAAGAUCCAGAAUUUGUUUUCUUUGAUGGAGAUGAUGAUCAAGGACGGCAAUUAUAUGUUUAUCGUAUUAAACCCGCUAUAUUUGAUCUUGUUUUAGCUAUAUUUAUUGCUGCUUAUCUUGGUAUUAUCUAUAUGAUAGCAGCCAAUUGGUCGAUGAUAAUUAAUAUUCUUUUACGUUAUAAACCGUUAACAAAUACAUUUUUAUCAUCAUCACAAUAUGGAGGAUAUAAACGUAAAAUAAAUUAA